GUCACAGCACAUUUGAUCCCUGAUAGGAGGACACCAACACACUGCAUCCCUCCCAUCCUCCUCUCCUCCACAGUCGUGUUUACUAUAGGUGAGAUAGGCCGUAUAAAUUCCUCGAGUGUGCGCAGAUCACAUCCUCAGAGGAGAACGGAAAAGGAGGAGGAGGGAAAGCAGCAGGAAAACAAGCGAACCUAGGGGAGCGGAGCUGUGUUUACCGCUCACUGGGAUAGACGCAGCAGAAGACGCUCGUUUCCAGUCAUCCAGGGCGGAGAAAUCUCGGUGGAUGCACGGAGAAGGAGGAGUGAGCGUAGAUGCUGACAAAACCCGAGAGUGCGAGACAUAUUUCGUGAUUGUUAUUAGACUUAAUCUUUCAAUUGGAAUACGCGUUUGCAUUCUCCAGCGAUGGACUUCAGCUGUCGGCACUGAGGCUCCCAGUUAUUUUGUUCUUCUUGUGACCUAAAGCGUCAUGGCGCUUCUUCACGAAUCUCGUGCUCCCUCUCCUUCUCUCUCCGGCUUCAACACACCCCUCUCUGAUCCUCCAUCCUAUUGUCGCUUCGAUGCCGAAACACCCUGCACCCCAGAAAUGGACCUUACCCCGACCCAGUGUGUCAUUCGUAACGUCCUAUCUAUGGACACCGGAAGAGCUGUAGAGCCCGAGGGUGGAGGGGGAGAGGGCCAGAGCACGGGCCACAACCAGACACCAGGCGAGGAACAACAGGAGCACUUUGCCAACAGCGUGCUGAAGCUCCACGAGCAUGACAGGAGUCCAGGAAGGACGGAGGGAGAGGGGCAGGAGAUGGAGGGCAGUGCGGUCAGGAACCAGGCCGGUGUUGCCAGGCUACAGUGCCAGUCUACCGGAGGGUUUCUAGAAGGGUUGUUUGGGUGUCUGCGGCCUGUCUGGACUAUGAUCGGCAAAGCAUACUCCACAGAGCACAAACACGGCCUGGAUGAGGCAUGGGAGAUCCCAUUCGAGGAGAUUUCUGACCUGCAGUGGGUUGGCAGCGGAGCCCAGGGUGCCGUCUUUCUGGGAAAACUGUACGGACAGGAAGUGGCUGUAAAGAAAGUGCGGAACAUCAAAGAGACCGACAUCAAGAACCUGCGCAAGCUCAAACAUCCCAACAUUAUCACUUUCAAAGGUAUUUGUACCCAGGCUCCAUGUUACUGCAUCAUCAUGGAGUACUGUGCCCAGGGCCAGCUGUACGAGGUGCUGAGAGCAGGCAGGAAGAUCCAUCCCUCCCUGCUCAUGGACUGGGCCAUGGGCAUCGCUGGGGGCAUGAACUAUCUUCACCUCCACAAGAUCAUCCACAGAGACCUCAAGUCACCAAACAUGCUGAUCACUUAUGAUGACUCUGUGAAGAUCUCUGAUUUCGGCACGUCCAAGGAGCUCAGUGACAAGAGCACCAAGAUGUCCUUUGCCGGUACGGUGGCCUGGAUGGCUCCUGAGGUCAUACGCAACGAACCCGUCUCAGAGAAAGUGGAUAUUUGGUCAUUUGGCGUGGUGCUGUGGGAGAUGCUGACAGGAGAGGUGCCCUAUAAGGACGUGGACUCCUCCGCUAUCAUCUGGGGAGUGGGCAACAACAGUCUCCAUCUGCCUGUACCGGAUAGCUGUCCAGAAAGCUUCAAACUGCUCCUCAGGCAAUGCUGGAACUGCAAGCCAAGAAAUAGGCCCUCCUUCCGACAGAUUCUCCUGCAUCUGGACAUUGCUUCCGCAGAUAUCUUAUCGACUCCCCAAGAAACCUACUUCCAAACUCAGGUGGCGUGGAGAGACGAGGUGAGGCAUCACUUUGAGCAGAUCAAGUCUGAGGGGACGUGUAUUCACAGGCUGGACGAGGAGCUGAUCAAACGACGCAGAGAAGAACUCAGACAUGCCCUGGACAUCCGGGAGCACUACGAGAGGAAAUUGGAGAGAGCCAACAAUCUCUACAUGGAGCUCAACGCCAUCAUGCUGCAGCUGGAGAUCAAAGAGAAAGAACUGCACAAGAGGGAGCAGUCACUAGACAAGAAGUACCCGGGCUGCUUCAAGCACCAGAGCUCCAGACAGUCGGCCUCCUCCAACUCCAUGGAGAAGCUCAUGAAGAAACGCAACGUACCGCAGAAGCUGCCCUCUCACAGCAAGAGGCCUGACCUAUUAAAGUCAGAGGUCAUCCUCCCCAAACUGGACUCUUCCAUGACGCAGGUUACAAUCCCCAACAAGGGUUCCACCUCGCCCGGUCGCUCACGGCGAGGAAAGCCCCGCUACAGGAAGGCCGGGAAAGGCAGCAGCGGGGACUUGGCUCAGCUGAAAGCCACUCUCUCCUCUUCAUUAGCCAUGGUCAACUGCACCUCAUCUGUGCCCAGCAGCAAGCAGCACUUAGACCCCAGUGCAGCUCUCAGGGGGCUGCAGCAUGACCUGCUGCUCAAGAAGAUGUACUCCUCCAGCCCGGACCUCAUUUCAACCACGAUGGAGGCUGAGGACCGGAGGAAGGGCCAGGUCCGGACGGGGCUGGACAGAGUGGGCAGCCAGAGCGCCUCAGCCGGGCUGGGGGAGAGCAGAAGGACUGAAGGGACUGAGGAGGGGCCGGAUGUGGGUCUAGGGACUGAUGACCUGGCAGGAACCCCUCCACGCAGUGACACGCCCAGCGAGGAUGCAGCUUCCAUCCCUUUCUCCAGUAGCCCCGAGUCACCAUGUGGCAGGGGGGCCGCGGCGGGGAGGGCGUCCGUGCUCGGGAACCCCCGGGUUUCGCACGAGGGUGAGGAAAAGGAAGAAGGGACAGUGAUCACACGCUCACCCAGAAGUCAACGCCUCACUCCUGCAGCACUGCUUUACAGGGCAGCCGUCACACGCAGUCAGAGACGUGGAGUGUCAUCAGAGGAAGAGGAAGGAGAAGUGGACAGUGAAGUGGAGUUGCCAAGGAGACGGCGUCCCCUGAGCAUGACCAAGUGCCAGUCCCUGUCCACCUUCAGCUCAGAGAACUUGUCGGUGUCGGACGGUGAGGAGGGGAACACCACGGACCACUCCCACAGCGGCACACCGGACGUGGUCAGCACCAACACCGACGAGCGUCUGGAUGACAAGAGCGAUGACCUGCUCUCCCAGGGCUCAGAGAUCCCCGCCGACCCGUCCGACCCGACCCAGCUGGGCUCCGACGGAAUGUCUGAGAAAGAAGCUAUUCUUCGCCAAGUCAAGACCCAGCUCGCUAGUAAUGAUCAUAAUUUUGAGGCCCUUUAUGAUGACUCGGACUGUGACAGUGCAGAGCUGGAUCAUUCAGGCAGCGCAGACCCAGCCCCAGCCCCAGCCCCAGCCCCAGCCCCACCGCCACCCCCACCCCCACCUCCACCUCCAGCCAACUGGUGAAAAUCCCCCUAAACCAACUCAAACUCCUGCAGAUCCGGCCUGAGAAUGUCUCUGUUAUUCUAACAGACCUUCAAAUGCAUGAGCCAUGAUCAGGGACAUUUCAUUGACAGGAGAUGAAGGUGCAUCUCCGUCAUCACAAGCAGGAAAACCAAACAAACCCUUGGUGAGUGUUCUCAAAAUCCUGAUAUCCUUGGGAGUGAAAACAUAAAAUCCUAUUUAAUUUGAGAUAAAUGCGUCAGAGUUGUGUGAAACUGAUUUGGGCCACGAGCAGAGCUGAUGGCGCAACUGGCCCAGGAUCAGCUCUGCAGUGGCCUCAGUCAAAGAAGCCAUCCACACGACGGUCUGAUUAUGUCUCUUUCAUCUUCCAUGUCCGUUUGUAUUUUUCUCUCCGUCAUGAAAAGUGUCACGUUAUAUCACACCAUGUAAUGAGAACAUGAUAAUAAGAUCCUAUCAGGGUGUCAUGAUCUUUAAUGUUUAUAUUGUCAACGUCACUGGGACAUACACUGAUGUUGCUGCUUGCACUUAUUUGAUGAAAUGUACUGAUUUCCUCACGAUCAUCGUGUCAUAUUGCUUUCCUCUCAACACGUUAUGCAAUGACUAAGUUAUUCUUAUUUUAGUGAAUUUAUUGACAUUCUUAACAAUGUUUACAUUUUUCAUUUAUGUUUACAUUUUUUAUUUAUGUUUUUCGUCAUGGGUUAAGUUAUGUUUUUUACUCCUGUAUUUUAAUAUCUAUGUAAAUAUGUGAUGUUGUAAAAUGAACAAAUUUUAAAAAUGUGAGAUUGUAUAAUUUAAAGGUGCUGAUGUUUCUAAUUAGGUGGCACUACUCUAUUUGAACCUCAGAAAGCUUUUGGUAGUAGAAUGUACUGUAGCUGCGGUUCAUGUCCGAGCAUCGAAACACAGAUAAAAGAGUCACAUGUGAACAAAGAAAAAGCAAUAUGUCUGCUCUGGUGCAGUAUGUCCUGUCACAGGUCAGAAGAACCACAGCUGAACUCAUUCAGGGCAGAUGGGCUUCUUUAUUAGUAUUUGAGUGUUUACUGUAUUAACAUGCAAAACCCUCUUGCCAUCUAGGGGUGUAUAUAGCAUCAGAAAAGCAUGCUUGUGAUGAAGUACUGGGAGCCUAUUGGUCACUGUUUGUGACUCGUGUCAUAAUGAAAUAUUGGAUCCAUCCACAGAUAAAAAGAUGCAGAUUUCUGGCAGACAUUUUAAGACUCGAGGCAUAUGGAUGACGGGGAUACAAAACACAAAUAGAUCUCAGUGUAACUGGAAAAUAUGAUUAUUUGUAUGGUUGUCUGUUCCAACUCAGUUCUGCCUGACUUGUGGCCAAGCUGUUUGCAGUGUACCAGCACAGAAAAGAGAUUAGGAGUUUUUCAUAAUUUCUCAUCUAUUUGAUUCUAGUAUUGUUUUAGUGAAUAAAUCACAAAACAACCACAGGCUUGUGUGGCAUAAAUGGAAAAUUACCUUUAACUUACACCUGCAAUAUAUGGCCAAUUUGACUUACUGCCUUCCCCAUAUAUAGCAUUUUCAAAUGGGGAAGUUUCAAAAGCUCAAUAUAUAUGGUUUAUCCAUUUUUAGCACUCCGAACAUUGUCCUCACUCGCUGAAUUUUGGCCAAAAGAUGGUAAUUGUUUUACCUAUGUGCAAGGGCUCUUCCAUAACAGAUAAUACGAUACAUAUGACUCAUGUUUGAUGUACUUGUGUCCCUUGACAAGCCUUCUUGCAUGCAUGUGGUUCAAUCUGACUGUACAACAGCACUGCAGCCUGUUCCAUUAACUCAUGACUGAUCAGGUCCAACUCAAUAAGCUAAAAUUGGCAGCUUCCGUUUUUUAAUCUGGUGUUUUAAGAUUUUAAGAUAUUGUGCCCCCAAGAUUUAAUGAUAGAAACCCUCCUGCAGGAGAAAAUGUUGCCAAAAAGCAAAACUACUGCCCUCUAGUGUCUGAACUGUGGAGGUACUUGUUUUCCGUCAUGCUGAUAUAAACAACCCUGUAUGAACAAAAACGUUUGCUUUUUAUAUUAUUGUAACUGUACAAUAAAUAUAUUUAAGAAACAGUUUUAAAUAAAAAUCAAACCUGUAAAAUCUCAAA